GCACGGAAACGAGAAUGAUGGCGCUCAUUUGAGACGACGUGAUGUCCGAGUCUGUUUUCUUGUGGCAUCGGAGAACGCAGGGACUCGUCGCUGAAAGGCCGCCCAGGUAGUGACGUCACCUUCUUUGCUGUGCGGGGCGGGAGGUUCCUGCGGUGGCCCACAGUCCCGGCGUGACCCCCGUCUGGACGUCAAAGUUGAGCGUUGGGCUCCGCCGCUAACACCUGCAUCUUCCUCUGAAGCAGCAUCUGGAUGGAUGCGGUCGUGUGCUAGUUUGCCAUCUCGCGCUCCUGCGCUGAAGUGACCGCGACCACCGCCUCUGCCACUGACAGGAACGAAGGCCUGAGCCACGGAGCCAACAUGAGUCUAGCUCUUCAUGACCUGAUGGUCUGCUGCAGGGGCCUGGAGAAUGACAAGGCAACAGAGAGGAAGAAAGAAGCAGAACGUUUUAGGCGACUUCUUCGCUCCCCAGAGAUCGUGCAGGAGUUGGACAGGACUUCAGGACCGAAAUCCAAAGCCUCCAAACAGCUGACAUGGGAUGCUGUAUUCAGGUUUCUGCAGCGCUAUAUCCAGAAGGAGACGGAAAACAUGCAGUCGGGGAGAGCCACUGUUGCAGCGACAACUCUGGCCACGCGGCAGAAGAAGAUGGCUGAGAUGUGCAGUUUGGUCAAGUACUUUAUCCGCUAUGCAAACAAACGUGGACCUCGCCUGAAAUGCAGCGAGCUGUUGAAGCAUGUGAUGGAGGUCCUGCAGAACUCUUACACUUGUUCGGCGUACGGGGAGGACUACAGCAGCCUGCUGCUCAAGGACAUCCUGUCACUUCGAAAAUACUGGUGUGACAUCACUCCGCAGCAGUGGAACAGUCUUCUGGAUCUGUACUGCAGCCUUUUCCUCUCUUCGUCCAAAUGCAUCAACCGUGUGUUGGUGAGCAGAGUCAUCCACACUGUGGUGAAGGGCUGCUGCAUGCAAACGGACGGAGCCAGCACCUCCUUAUUUCGCUUCUUCUCUAAAGUGCUGGUCAACGCAAAGCAAGAAAAGCACCUGAGUGUCGUGGAGCAUCUGGUCUCGGCCCUCAACAUCUUCCUGAGGUCAGCAGCCAUGGACAGUCGGAUGAAAGUGUGCAGACUUGGAGAGGAGCUUCUGCUUUCUCUCCUGUUCGUCUGGGCGGAUAUGAGGCCAAGCUCAUCCCUCAAGGAGGAAAUCAUAGAUUUCUUCAAGCUGCAAAUGUGUGUUCACCACCCUGGAGGAGCCAAGACUCAGGACACUGGUGCUUACGCUGAGGACUGGGCCAAGUGGCGCACUCAGCUCUACAGUCUGUACGAAGCUUUAGUGCGAGAAAUCAGUGACAUCGGCAGCCGAGGAAAGUAUGUGACGGGGACGCGGCACAUUGCAGUCAAAGAAAACAUCAUCCAGGUUACAGCUGACAUCUGUCACCAGCUGUUCAGUAACCAAGACGAGACCCAGUUCUUCGAAGUGACGCCAACAACUCCCAGUUCCACUCAGAUUUCCAGUCCAUCUGUCGGCACCGCGUGCAAAAGGCGCCGUGUGGAACUGGGUUGGGAGGUUCUGCUUGAGCACCUGCAGCCCCAGCAGAGUGACUUUGACAUCAUUCCAUGGCUUCAGGUCACUGCUCAGCUCAUCUCCAAGUAUCCAUCCAUGAUACCGGCCCAGGAGUCGGUCAAGCUGCUGUCCAUGCUGCAUCAGCUCCUGGGAGAGCAGCGCAGAGGAGAGAGGGGUCCCUACGUGAUGCGCUGUCUGAUCGUGGUGAGCCGAUGUCAGGCUGCCUCUCCAGAAAAGACUGGGCUCUUCAAGCCGGAGCUGGGGCGACUCUGGGCUCGAGUGUGGACGCUGGCGCUGCGUGGCGUCAGCUCUCCUCACACCGAGGCCCUCAGUCUGGACCUGAUGGCCUCUAUUGCCCGAGGAGGGCUCAUCACCGUGGACAGGGAGUUCUGGAAGCUCUUUGCUGGAUCUGCAUGUAAACCAUCGCAGAAUGCGGCUCUUUGUCUUGCCCAGGCCCUGCUCAAAUGUCCAGUCCCCAAAAGCCUUGAGCCAAGCUGGAGCCUCGUGGGAUCUCUGGAGGGAUUGGGAUCCCUGAACAUCAAAGAGACUCUCGUGGCUUGGCUUCUGAUGUGGGAUCAGAACGAUGAGAUGGAGGACAGUACCAAACCCCACCUGGUGACUUGCAGAGAUUUCACCCACAACCUGGCAGCAAGCAUCCUGGUCUCGCUGACUCUCAAGGACACCAGAGCUGCACUGCAAUUUCUGUUAGGCUCCGAAGACAUUAAUAGGUGUGAUCAUCAGGAAUCUGAUGCCAAAGACGUCCUCGACGAGAUUGAGAAUCUUUACAGGCAUUUUAGCUUCGACACUUUGCCCUCCAGCAUCAACGGCUCUGAGGACCAGGUGAAAAACAUGUCCUCCAAUGGACAAUUUGCAGCCGCCCCCGGCCUCAGAGAAAAGUUGGAGCAGUCUCUUCUCUGUGUGGCCGACCAGCUGCUCAACUGUUACUCUCCAGAUUCUCAGUCCACUCCCCCGGACUGCCUGGUGCGCUGCGUCACCUUGUUCACUGGAGUUCUAGCAGGAUACGUGUCCGCUGGAAUUCUGACUCAGGAGGAGGCCUGUCGCUCUCCGCUCUUCAAUAAAGCCAAGUCCCUGGCCCAGGAGUUGAGUGGAUUUGUUUCCAAUGUGAAAGUUAAAAUCAACGAAGACUCAACUAUGGAGGCGCUGAGCUCCGUUAUGAAGAAAUGUACCUCCGCGGCUGCAAGACUGGACGCUAACCAGGGUAACGUUGCCCUGAUCUCCUCCUGUCUUCUGAUGCUGAUUCUGCCCUCCUGCUUCCUCACUGAGCUGGCUGAGAUCACCAAGCUUCUGGUCAACAGUGCUAAGAAGGUGAGUCUUGUGGAUGAAGAGGACCUCAUGGAGGAUGACUUGGAAACAACCAGGACCCAGCAUGGUACAGACCAUGACCUUUUUGGUGAUGAGGAGGAGUCUCACAGUAGCAAAGCAGUGAUGGAUGAGAAAAAAGCUCCUCAAGCUGCAGCGUCCCCUGGGCCAGGUGCCAGGAGUCUGUUGGCUGGCGACCACCUCGCCCAGCAGGACCGGACGCUCCUCUCCAUUCUGGAGUUCCUGUGCACGUGUGGUUCCGUUCAGGCUGUUCAUGGGCAGCUCUUCAAACCAGUGGAGGUGCGACGGAGACUUCUCCUGCUGGCGGAGCAGGUGGAUCUGAGCAAGGCCCUGCACCUCAAUAUGUAUCUGGUCCUGCUGGAGAAGCUUCCCACCGAAGACUCUCUGACUCCUGAGGAGUUUGACAUGCUGCUAAAGCCUCUUGCGGACCUCUGCUCUCUGUACCGCCAAGACCAAGAGAUCUGCGCUGCUGUCCUGCUGGCUUUGUUGCCUGCCAUCAGAAGUCUGGGCAGAACCCACCACCCCAGGGAGGACAUGAGACACGUGCAAGGGUCGCUGCUCCAAGUGCUGGCCGGAUUCUGCUUCCUGAGCCAGUCGGGAAAAUGUGUGGCUUCGGUGCGCGCUGCUUUAGUGCGAUGUCUCGUCGGCCUACAGGAGGCGGACCCCUGCUCUCAGUGGGCAUCGCUGGACCUGAGAGGCUCUGACUCUGAGGAGAGCAGUCCUGUGUCCAGCAUCCUCCCCUCGCACCUGGCUGAUGCCAGCCACCAGGUGCGCAUGCUGGUGGCCAUGUCGGUGGAGAGGCUGUUCCUGGACCUGAGGCCAGCCGGUGCCGAGCGCAAGAGGAUGCUGCCGCUCAGACAGCAGCAAGCGGCCUUUGAGAACAUCUACCUGAAGGCUCAGGAGGGAAUGAGGCGGCCAAGGGGCGGCGCUGUUGGCGAGGAGCAGGAUGAGAAGUUGAACCGCAAGGCCACGCUGCUGAAGAGCUUGUCCAUGGUGCUGCGCUGCAGCCCCGUCUGUGAGAAGCAGGCGCUCUUCGCUCUGCUGCAGUCGUACAAGGAGAACGACAUCGAGGAGCACCUCAUCAAGAAGGUGCUGUGCAGCGUCUCCAGCACGCUCGGUUACAGAAGCGUCAAAUUGCUCCUCAGCUCUCAUCUGGACUAUCUGGUGGCAGAGUGGCUGUCGCAGAGGCAGUCGGACGACCGCUACACGCUGGGCUCCUUCCCCAUCUCUCUCCUGGACCACAGCACUGUCAGAGACUACUACAACUGCUGCUACCAAGUCCUGGUGCCCCACCUGGUCUUCCUGGAUGACUUUGAUCAGGUGAAGUCCAUCGGGAGGUGUCUGGAGAAGGACUGGAGGGAGCUUUUGGCAGACUGCUUCCCCAAGAUCAUGGUCAACAUCCUGCCCUACUUCGCCCUGCCUGACCAGGACGCCGAUGUGGCUCGGCAGAGAGAGACGGCCCACCGCGUGUACCAGCUGCUCAAAGACGCCGACUGUCUGGGCAAACAGCAAAUCGACAGCCUGAUCCGCAGUCACCUGCCCGACAUCGUGGUGGAGCUGCUGAUGACUCUGUAUGAAGGCGCUGCGGCUGCUGGAGACCUGAAACACUUCAUGGGGGAGCUGGACCCCGCGCCGAACCCUCCACAUUUCAGCUCCCAUGUGAUCACAGCCACCAUGGAGUACCUCAGCAAGUGCCACGGUGCCAACCACAGAUCCCUGGUGGCCAUAUUGUCCAAAACUCCAAUCUCCAUUCAGAGGAUUUUGCUGGCCGUGUGUGAAAAGGCAGCCGAAACCACCAACAGCUACGAGCGCCACCGCAUCCUCAUGAUGUACCACCUCUUUGUGGGGCUGCUGCUCCGAGAGGUGAAGGAUGGUCUGGGAGGAGCCUGGGCCUUUGUUCUGAGGGACGUCAUCUACACACUGAUCCACCAGAUCAACAGCAGGUUGGUUCAAAAGGACGAGGUGUCCAUCAGGAGCCUGUCACUCUGCUGCAGCCUAUUGGACUUGGUGUGUCGCGCGGCGCUGCAGUACUGCGAUGACGCGCUAGACUGCCACCUACAGGUCAUUGUCGGGACUCUGACUGCUCAGGUGACCAGCUGGCCGGCAGCCUCUCGGCAGGUUCUCAGUCUGCUGCACUUCCUCAUCAUUGACAAUCGGGACAAACUGAAGGAAGCCAUCUCUCACCUGGAGGCUUUUCCUGACCUUCCCGAGUUCCAGGAGCUGCGAUCUGUCCAGCACCAGCUCAAGUACAAGCAUCGAGCCUUCACUCUCAGAGAGGAGAUCUCCCACUUCCUCUCAGUGAAGUCUUGCGACUCGCUGCCUUUGACGAGGCUGGAGGGAGUGAAGGAGCUGAGCAGGAAGCUGCAUGAGCACAAGGAUCAGAUCAGAGAGCUGCUGAAGGAGUGUCACGCUGAAUCCACUGACAGCGUCCUGGUCAAGCUGGUUCUCCACCUCCUGCGGCUCUGCAAACUGGCUGUCCACCACCCGGGUGGAGCAGACGUCCUCGAGGCAGCUGGCAGCUGUCUGGGAGAGCUGGGGCCGGUCAACUUCCCCACCAUCGCCUUGCUGCAUGGCAGGGACCCGCUGUACCGGGACGCUGCUUCCCUCUUCACCUCCACGGAGCUGCAGCGUCUCUACAUCAUCCUCAACUGCAUGAACCACGCGCUGACCGACCAGCGGAUUGAGGUGAGACAGGCAGCAGCGCAGUGUCUGAAGAACAUUCUGGCCACGCAGUCGGGCGUGGACUUCUGGGAGCAGCACAAGGACAGCAGAGAUCCCAUGCUGGCCUAUCUUCACCUCUUCAGAAAAGCCAACAAGAAGGUGGCGACUGUUGGUGUGGAGCGUAGUUCAGAAGCUGCAGAGAAGCUGCAGAAUCCUGACUUCUGGAUCCCUAAGGUGGGGGGUCACAGGACUUGGCUCGGCUCUCUGUGCACCACCCUGCUGGACAGUGGAGGGGUCAAGUGUGAGGCUUUACGACUCACCCGACCUUUGUGUCUGGUGAGUGUGGACUGCUGCCAGAGGCUGCUGCCGCUGCUGGUCCACUCCAUCCUGCUGGACGACUCGGAUGGAACCUGGAGGCAGCUUCUCUCCUCUCACAUCCAGGACUUCUUCAGCUUCUGCUCCCGCAGUGCCCGGGCCUCCAGCAGCGCCGCCACCCCCCUCAGUCACCACUCAGAGUCCGACAGUGCCGGCCCCGGCCUGUAUGACACCACUUCUCUGCGCACCAUGCUGACCGUGGUGGACUUCCUCAGGCACCAGCCCAGGGCGUCGCACACUGACGGUGAUUCCUGUGGCACCGUGUGUGAGUCCAACUUCUGGCUGGAGCUCAACUACCUGGAGGUGGCCAAAGCGGCGCAGUCCUGCUCCGCCCACUUCACCGCGCUGCUGUACGCGGAGCUCUACGUGGAUAAGAUCAAAGCAAAUGUGGAGGCCAGCAGCAGAGGGAAGGCCAGGACGUCCCGAAGGAUCAACUUUGAGGAGAGCAGCCAGAACUUCACCAUCUCCAGCCUGACGGAGAGGAGCGUGGAAGACACAAGCAUCAGUCUGCAGGAGCUGCUGAUCGAAGUGUAUCGAAGCAUCGGGGAGCCUGACAGUCUUUAUGGCUGUGGUGGAGAGACCAUGACCAGCCCGCUGACCAGGAUACGAACCUACGAGCAUGAGGCCAUGUGGGGCCGAGCUCUGGUGACCUACGACCUGCAUGCUUCUCUGCCCGAAGUCACCAGACAAGUGGGAAUCGUGGAGGGCCUGCAGAACUUUGGCCUGAGCAGCAUCCUGACCACCUACAUGAGGGGCCUGGAGAGUGCAGGGGAGCAGUGGGGCGCAGAGCUGAGAGAGCUUCGCUUCCAAGCCGCCUGGAGGAACACUCAGUGGGACUGCCACCUGUCGGACAGCUGUCAAACUAGGAGAGAGGAGUCCAAGCCAGGGAUCCACGAGUCGGUGUUCAGUGCGCUGCGAGCCUUGCGGGACCGAGAGCUGUCCGUGUUUGAUGAAGCUGUGAAGCAGGCUCGGAGCGCAGAGGUGGAGCAGCUGUGUCGCGGCCGACUGGAGGCCGUCUCCUCUCUGUACCCAGCCCUCAGGAACCUGCAGAGCAUCAGCCAGCUGGAGAGCAUCAGGCCGCUUUUCUCUGGACCCUUCUCAGGUUCGCUUCUGAUGGAUGUGUGCCGUCAGUGGAAGCAGCACUCACAGCUCCUGGUCGACAGCGACUUCUCCUUGGUGGAGCCCAUCCUGGCUGUCCGCUCUAUCGCCCAAACGACGCUGAUGUCCAAGAUGGUGGACUCAGACGCCGUCCAGUGUCUGAGCUCCGUGUACACCGAGCACCUUCUGGAGCUGUGUCGCGCAGCGCUGAAAGCUGGAAACACUCAACUGGCAGAGCGAGCCGUCUUCCAGAUGAAGACGCAGGAUGGAGGAGGCUCCUGGUCCUCAUCACCCGUGUCACCGUGGCAACUGGAGGAAGUGCGUGUGUUCUGGGCCAAGGGUGAGCAGGGUCUGGCUCUCGGCCUCCUGCGGCAGAUGACGCACCGCUUGGAAGAGAAGGUGGACCUCAACCCCGCUCUGGCUCCGGUCUACACCGAGUGUCUGAGACUAUGUGGUGACUGGCUGGCUGAGACCUGCCUGGAGAGCCCGGGCGUCAUUCUGGAAAAGUACCUGGAGAGGGCAGUGGAGGUGAUCGAGCAGGACUCGGGCAUGCAGGACGGCCAUCUGCAGAGUCAGCGCACCGAGGCCUUCCUGGCCUUGGCCCGCUUCUCAGACGCUCAGUACCAGAGCAUCGACAAGUACAUGAGCUCCUCUGAGUUCGAGAACAAGCAGGCUCUUCUGGAGAAAGCCAAGGAGGAAGUGGAGCUGAUCAGGCAGCGAGAAGUGUCGUCCAACAGGUACACCAUCAAGGUGCAGAGGGAGCUGGAGCUGGACCAGAAGGCUCUGUCCAACCUGCAGGCGGAUCGGCAGCGCUUCCUCUGUAAGGCAGUGGAGAACUACAUCCAGUGCCUGGAGGAAGGCGAGGAGCACGACACCUGUGUGUUUCGUCUGGCGUCGCUGUGGUUGGAAAAUGCUGAUGUGAAGUCUGUCAAUGACCUGAUGAAGAAAGGUGUGAGGAGCAUCCCAUCCUACAAGUUCCUGCCUCUCAUGUAUCAGCUAGCUGCUCGCAUGGGAACCAAGAUGGCCGCCGGCGCCGCUGAAGAUGUGCUCACUGAACUGCUAAGCCGAGCCUCUCUGGAACACCCUCAUCACACACUCUUCAUCAUCUUCGCUCUGGUCAACGCCAACAAAGACGAGAACUUCACCCGCUCGCGUCUGGCCAAGAGCACGUCGUGUCAGACCUCACAGUUUGACCAGGAGCGCUCCGAGGUCGCCCGGAAGAUCAUCCACACGGUCAAGAAGAAAAGAGGCCAGAUGGUCCGCGGCAUGGAGCGUCUGUGUGACGCCUACAUCGCUCUGGCUUACAUGGACGCCAGCCGGCACAAGACGGAGAAGAGGCCCAUUCCCAUCCCUGCUGACCAGCCCAUUGUGAAGAUCAAAGACCUGGAGGAGGUCUCCAUCCCAACCAUGGAGAUCAAGGUAGACCCAUCUGGUUGCUAUGACAACCUGGUGACUCUGAGAGGCUUCGCGCCCCACUAUCACCUGGCAGGUGGGGUCAACCUGCCCAAAAUCAUCGACGCCGUGGGCUCGGACGGCCGGAGCCGGAGGCAGCUGGUCAAGGGCCGAGACGACCUGCGGCAGGACGCGGUGAUGCAGCAGGUCUUCGGCAUGUGCUCCACGCUGCUGCAGCGGAACCUGGACACCCGCAGGAGGAAGCUCAACAUCCGGCGAUACAAGGUGGUGCCUUUCUCGCAGUGCAGUGGCGUCCUGGAGUGGUGCUCCGGCACCGUCCCCAUCGGGGAGUUCCUGGUGGACGCCAAUAAAGGAGCCCAUAAAAGGUUCCGCCCCCAAGACCUGUCCAGCUUCGCCUGCCGCAAGAAGAUGAUGGAGGCCCAGAGGCUCGGCUUUGACGCGAAGCUGCAGAGCUACCUGGAGGUCUGCAGGGACUUCAAACCCGUCUUCAGAUAUUUCUGCAUGGAGAGGUUUCUGGAUCCAGCGGUGUGGAUGGAGAAGCGGCUGGCCUACACUCGCAGCGUGGCCACCUCCUCCAUCGUGGGCUACAUCGUGGGCCUGGGUGACCGUCACAUCCACAACAUUCUCAUCGAUGAGCAGACGGCGGAGCUGGUGCACAUCGAUCUAGGUGUGGCCUUCGAGCAGGGAAAGAUCCUGCCCACCCCGGAGACGGUUCCCUUCAGGCUCUCCCGAGACAUCGUGGACGGGAUGGGCGUCACUGGAGUGGAGGGAGUUUUUCGGCAGUGCUGUGAGAAAACCAUGGAGGUGAUGAGGAGCUCCCAGGAAGCCCUCCUCACCAUCGUGGAGGUGCUGCUCUAUGACCCUCUGUUCGACUGGACCAUGAACCCCUUGAAGGCCUUUCACCUGCAGCACGACGAGCAGCAGGAGCUCAACGCCACGCUCAGCUCCACCAUGGGGGGAGAGGAGCUGGGGAACCCUCGGAAAUCCAGCGACACGCAGAGCUUCAACAAGGUGGCGGAGCGCGUGCUGCUGCGGCUGCAGGAGAAGCUGAAGGGUGUGGAAGCCGGGACGGUGCUGAGCGUGGGAGGGCAGGUCAACCUCCUCAUCCAGCAGGCCAUGGACCCCAAGAACCUCAGCAGACUCUUCCCGGGCUGGCAGGCCUGGGUGUAGCGCCGUGAGGACUCUUGUCAGGUCGCGACGCAGGCCUCGGAAUGUUUGGCUUUGAAACCGCCAUCACCAAUAGUGAUGGGUUUGCUGCUUGAUGCUGUUGUGGGGAACAUGGUGCUGUGAACGUACAGUAGCUGCCUGCCUCCCUCCAUCGUUCUUCAACACUCUGAAUAAAUAAAGUUCAGGGGGACUCAGCUGACCCCACGCUCCUCCGUCACUCAUUAACUGCAGUAGAAUCCUUUCCUUUCAUCCUC